GUGCUUGCAUCCUGCAGAAUAAACACAGCGAGUCGAACCGAGGCAACAGGGAUGAAAGGAUUUCUUCAGCUGUGUCGGGAAAGGGAGCAAGUGAACGCCCGCUUGGAUCAAUUUGGAGGCACCACGUAUGAGAACAGAGGAGAAGGAAACUAUUCGUGCAAUAAGAAUACUACUCGGCGGCACGGUGCAACGCUAACAACAACGGUCUACCAUCUGCUCGUUCUGGCCGGUAUGUUGGCCCUCGGAUCGGCGGCGUUCUGUCCGAACGGUUGCACCUGCGACGACGAUAACCUCGUGGUGUCCUGCAUAGGAGCGAAUCUGGACGUGAUACCGAUCGCCUUGAACCCCAGCAUCCAGCGGAUAGUGCUGAAGGAGAACCGGAUAAAAAUCGUGGACGCCGCGGCGUUCCAAUUCUACGGGGACCUGAAGAACGUCGACCUCUCGAGCAACCAUCUCUUCAUCAUACCGAACGGCAGCUUCGAGGCGCAAAAGCAACUGGUGGAGCUGCACCUUAGGCACAACAAGAUCUCGGCGUUAACCGAGAAGACGUUCCAAGGCCUGAAAUCUCUCACGGUGCUGAAUCUGCGGGACAAUUACCUGGAGAACUUGAAGAACGGCUUGUUCGCCUCGCUCUCGAAGCUGGAGGAGCUCGAUCUGGGGAAAAAUCGAAUAUCGAAGGUUGAGCCGAGCGCGUUCCAAAAGCUGGGCACCCUCCGCGUGUUGCACCUCGACGACAAUCAACUAAGAACGAUCCCGUCGCCGGCUUUGGCGCCUUUGAACGCUCUGGCCGAAUUACACAUAGGCUGGAACGCGUUUUCUUCGCUGCCCGACGACGCGUUCAAAGGCCUGGAGCAGUUGACGGUGCUCGACAUAACCGGCGCGGGUUUAGACGACAUCGGCGACGGCGCUUUCCGCGGGCUGAACGCUCUGCGCACACUGGGUCUCGAUGGGAACAAGUUACGAGAAGUGCCAACGAAACAGCUGGCGAUACUGCCUCGCCUCGAGGAGCUCACCUUGGGUCAAAACUACUUCACGAGCCUGAGGUCUGGCGCGUUCCAGGGCCUGUCCAAGCUGAAAAAACUCGACAUAUCUGCGGCAAAGCUGUUGACCACCGUGGAACGAGGAGCGUUCUCUGAUAAUGCUAAUCUGGAGACCCUCGUGUUGAACAGCAACAAACGACUGACGACGAUGGAGGACGGAUCCUUGGCCGGUUUACCCAACCUGAGGCAUCUGAUGCUCCGCGACAACGCGUUCACCGGGUUCUCGGAGUCCCUGGUGGCCUGGAACGAGCUGCGUCGCCUGGAUUUAAGCGAGAAUCCCUUUGUCUGCGACUGUGGUUUGCUCUGGUUAUCCGAAGUCCUAGUCCCAAGGAACUCCAGUCCGGUGAUAUGCGCGGAACCCCCGGAAUCAAAGGGAAAACCAAUGAAGGGCAUGACGCCGGACGAACUGGGCUGCGCUUUUUCCGAUCCGCGAAAACAAGCUUUGUUGGCCACGCUGUGCGCAGCAGGGCUCGCCCUUUUAACCGGCUUAGCGUUGAUCCUCUACUACCGAUGCCGUAGACGCGUCCGAGACGCGCUCAAGGACUACAAAUGGAAGAAUCGCGCGAUCUCCCGCAAGGAGCACGAGUAUCAGAAGACCUUCUCCGACGACGAGUACAUCGUGCGAUCGGCGCACCCGCAUCACCAUCAUCACCAUCACCAGCCGCAGUCCCAGCAGAUGCCGCCGCACCAUCACCACCAUCAUCUCCAGCAGCAACAGCAACAGCUACAGCAACAGCAGCAACAACAACACUCUCAGAUCUCGACCAGCAUCAAGCCUAUACCGGUGACGGAACUUACGACCCUUGCCGAAGGCUUCACCUACAUCGACGGGGAGACGGCGCGACAGAUGCGCCGUCCGGGAACGCUGCCCAACUCCGGUACAUCCGGUCACCGAUCGGUCGGCCCCAUGGAGGACGGGUCGUCGCCAUUGAGCAUCGCCGCCGAUAAUUGCUCGACCACCGGCGGCAGGCUGCAUUAUUCGAACCAUUCUCUGCGGCGCACGCCUCAGCCGCCGCAUCUGCCAGCCCGCGACAAGGAAAGCCCCUCCGAUAGAGGGCAGAACGACUCGCGGGUUCAGAACGGUAUACCGGGACACCAUCAUCAACCACCGCCACUGCCCUCGAGACACCAGGCCUCCUGCGGACAGUCGUCCUACCCCACACUGCCCAUGAACGGCCACGCGACCCAUCAGUAUCAUCACUUCCCGCGCGAGAAGGAUCGAUCGUCCCGCGAUCGAAGCCGCGAUCGGGACGUCGGGGUCCAGUCGGCCCCUCAUCGGUCGGACAAGCACCGGGAGGCGCAGAUGGAGAUGGAGAUGGAGAUGCACGACGGGAUGGACAUGGGCGAGAUCGGCUCGUAUCGCGCGUAAACGCUGGAAGUCCGCGGGGCGAACGGAUGCGAACUCGCGUGGACGAGGGGUCGGACGCGGGGCAGGCCGAGCGAAUUGAAAUCGAAGACUGAAUCCGAACGUUGAACGAACACAGCAUCCGGCAACGAAGUUAAGACGGCGGGUGACACGCGCGGAUGCCGCGUGCAUUGGGAGAGAAAGGGAUCGGCGAGUACACUGGUAAAUCAAAUUGAAGACUGAUUAGGACUGGCAUCGGUGAACGAUAUCGACGAGCAAUUUACUGAUACUGGUACAUUCCAAUCGCCCUAUUCGCGAGGCCUUGGUGGAACAAAUGAACACUGAUUCCAAGUGGAUCUCGGUCGCGUAGGAUCGCGCGCCGCAGCUACGCUGUCGAAGAGCCGGGCGACAGUGUUCCGGCGCGACUCGAAUGCUCCACGAACGAUCCACGGGAUGGUUAACGAAAACGGUGCUUCGCCAAGGGAAUAGAUUACUGACCCGUCUUCGCGACUGAAAAGAUCGGCUGGAGACACUAUGAUGUGGGAAGCGAAUCGAUCGAUCGAUCGAUCGCGCGCUACAAGUCGUCGCAGAGCUUUCUUAAGCACCACCUGAUCCGAACGUGGAAUUCUUGUCUGCGUACGUACAUACUCUGGGAUAAUACAUACUCCGGAGGCUCCAUAACGAAUGGACGAAGUUUACAAGGCAAGACGAAUCGGCCAGGAGAUUGCGACGGUGAAACGUUCUCGUGGAAUCGCGUCAAAGAGGACAACGGUGGUGCAUCCCACGGUCGUCUUCGCGUUGCCGGCAAAGGCGCGCGCUCCAGACGACUGCGACUUUGAUACGUCCCCGACGAACGGAUCCGAAGAGCGAAAUCCGAGGAAGAAAGCGAAGAAGAUAAAAUGCGCCGCGAAGUUGCGAAAAUGUUAUCCGCUGAACGAACGUCCCGGCGCACGAGACUCGGAGACGCAUCGUUUGUAAAUGUCACGCUAGCAAGGCGACAGAGUGGAACCAUCGAAUCGCAAUUCGAACUGGCGGGGGCCCUCUGUCGCGUUUCCACUUACGCUGCGGAUCCCAGUCGGUUCGAUAAUUACCGGAAGCAAACGUCCUCAUGCCGCGAACUAUGAGUUACAAGGAAAAAACCGAGAGAGAAUCGUAUUCAGAUUACUCUGUCCGUAACUUAAUGUCCGUUUGUAUUUCAUUUCUCGCGGUCGAAUUAUGUAUGCACGCGUACCACGUAUUUAUUAACGUUGCGAACGGACCUUUCGUUUCGCUUUUUACGCGACAAUUUUCAUAAUGUCCUUUUCUACUCGGUUACGAUCUCCAAAGUGGGUACUUAAUAACUGUAAUUUUCGGAUCAUCCGUAGCCCUCGCGCGUUGGUGCUAACUCCUGCAAAUUCGCCGGUGUCGCUUUCGAGUAUUCGGCUGGAAAUCAUUCUCUCCGCGAGCUUUCUCGUAUUCGUGGUAGAUGAUACAUUAACCCUUAUGUCGAUAACCGCAUACCUUUCUGCACAUUCCCCCCGAUAAAAUAUUUCAUUAUCCGGCCAGAUCGUCGUUAUCUGGCACAUUUUCUACUGUUAUCAAAGAAGUACUAAAUCAGAUUGGAAGAUUAAGUUUGAUGCACGUUUUUUUCAAUAACCGGGGUACUCGGGUACCCUAAUAGGGAGUGCGGGAGAGAGUAGAAAUUCUCCGGACGAUUAAUAAAAAUAUUUUAUUGCGAUAAUAAGUAUAAAAGAAAUAAAAAUGAAUGUUUAUAUAAUUACACAAAAAUUACAUAAAACGCUAACGUGAUGUAGGAGCUGAUCAUAGCGGUAUCCGGAUACCCCGAUUAUAAAACAACGUUGACAAUUUCAGUCACUGACAUAAGGGUUAAUAUUCGUUCUCUUAGUAACUUUACCGAUUCAUUUGCCGAUGACUUUUUGAAGUUUAAAGGACGGAACGAGCUGAUGACAUCGUAGGGAUUUGUUCCGUCCUUCAACGAAAUUUUCGUGCUGCAUCCGUCUAACUCUCUCCGGGACGAAUGACUUUUUCCUUUUAUCCCUAAAAAAAACAUUUAUUAACGGGAAAUCUUCGGCUCAGCGAGACAAAUUGACAGUCCUUCAACGAAUGACGUGCAAUCGACAGAGGGUCACGUUCGUUGGGCUUUCAAUUUCGUAGAGCCAUGGUCUUCUUUCUUGCAAUUUCUAAAUGUAUGAUUUUCGAGCCAUCUUCCUUCCGGCAAUAGA